AUGCAUUCAAAAGGCACCAAAUCUCAUCAAACUGGGAUGGAAACUGGGGCAAGAUCAUCCAGGCACAAGUUUGGCCUUAUAGUUACAUCAUUCACCAUUUUUCUCGUUGUAGUUGGCUACCACUGCCACCAAAUCACCAACGUCGCGAUCCCAACGCACGGGGAGACCAGGGAUGGUCUUGACAUCGCUCCGAUCAUUGAUGGCCACGUCGACUUUCCUAUAUGGAUCAGAGCUUUUUAUCAGAAUCAUAUUUAUCAACAAAACUUCACUCGGGAAGGUCCCCUAUAUGGACAGGUCGACUUUCCACGAUUAGAAGCGGGUCAUCUACGAGGCGCCUUUUGGAGUGUUUAUGUAGAAUGUCCUAGUGAACCAAAUGAUCACAGUGAUGCUGCUUACCAGGAGAUAAUUCAUGAUACUCUGCAACAGAUCGACCUCGUUUAUCGCUUGGUACGCGAGUUUCCCGGCUACCUCAAGCAUGCUUUCACAGCCGCAGACGUCGAAAGGGAACUCAACGAUGGCAAAUCACAAAGAGUUAUUUCGCUUAUGGGGAUAGAAGGUCUACAUCAAAUCGGCAACAGCGCAAGUAUAUUGCGCAUGUAUCACUCUUUGGGAGUGAGGUACGCGACACUUACGCAUACCUGCCACAACGCGUACGCGGACAGUGAGGAACCGAAACAACCACUACACAGCGGGCUAUCGAGCCAGGGUCGCGCUAUUGUGACUGAAAUGAAUCGUCUUGGUAUGAUCGUUGACAUAUCACACACGAGCUUUGACACCCAGCGAGAUGUCUUAGGUGUUUCACUGGCACCUGUGAUAUACUCGCAUUCAAAUGCCUAUACAAUGCACAACCAUACGCGAAAUGUCCCGGACGAUAAACUUCUACAAUUAAAAGUUAAUGAUGGAGUGAUCAUGGUGGCAUUCUAUCCAGAGUUUCUUGGGGACAAUGCAUCCUUGGCGCUAGUUGCAGACCACGCACAGUACAUCGGAGAGAAGAUAGGAUAUCGCCAUGUUGGAAUUGGAUCAGACUUUGACGGCAUGGCCGAAGGACCUACAGGGCUUGAAGACGUAUCGAAAUAUCCCGACCUGAUUCAAGUUCUACGAGAUCGGGGCGUCAGAGAGACUGACAUUCGCGGAGUCGCAGGAUUCAACGUUCUGCGAGUUUUGAAGCGUGCAGAAGAAGUUGCGAAAUCUCUAGAUGGAAUGAGGCCCUUGGAGGAUGAUGUGAAACCAUUUUUUUAA